AUGAGCGCGGUGCGCGAAUACCCCAACGAUCCGCUUUGCGCCGACGGCGGCGCGCGCGCCUUCUCGGGGGAAGCGGAGGGCGCUGACGUGUUCCGCGUGAUCAUUGUCGGCGCGGGGCCGGCGGGCCUGGCGCUGGCGAAUUACCUGCUGGCACGUGGCGGCGGCAGGUUCCACGUCAGCGUGAUUGAAAAGGGCGUAGAUCCGCGCGCGGAGGUUGAAGAGGCGGCAGAGAUCGCGCGCCGGUACGCCAUGGGGCUGAGCAUUCGCGCGAUGCACUGCCUGAUGGCCAUUCCGGGAGUCAUGGACAAGGUGCAGCCAGUGCUGGUGAACCCACACGAGAUGGUCAUGCCUGCCUUCGGCCGCCUCAUCAGGUUCUCAGUGCCCAAGGACCCCCCUCAAGGCCUCGUGGGGGCGGACGGGGUGCGUUCCUAUGUGCGCAACCUGUUGGCUGCACGCACGUGGGAUUUCCCCGUACACACGGACCGUGUGUAUCACGACUGGACUGUUGUCAGCAUACCCGUGCCGCCCGCCCUCACACCCACCUCUCUCUUCUUCACUGCGAAGGUCACCAACACAAAAAACAUCGGGGCGGUGGCAAUGCCGCAGGUGGGUGGCGAGAUGUGUCUGGUGUGGGGGUGGAAGUCCACCGACCCGCCUCUAGACUGGCUCUCUCUCGCCUCCCCAGCUGCUGCCAAACAAUACCUCCAUGAGAGAUUGCCCUGGCUGGAUGUCCCUGAGGAAGCUGCCUGGAAGCUGCUGAAGCAGAAGCCAAGGACGAGCAUGCAGGUGAAGUGCUGGCGCUACCAUGACAGUGACGCCCAGGUGGCCCUGAUAGGCGAUGCAGCGCACUCCACGCUGCCCUCUCUGGGCCAGGGCUGCAACGCCUCCAUCACGGACGCGCUCGUGCUGGGCAGGUUGCUGCUGGGGGAGGCGGUAUCUGAGAACGACAGGGUCCCCCGCCCCCUGGGCAAGGAUGGCGCUGCUGCUGGUGGUGGUGGUGGGGAUGGAGGGGCAAGCAUAGAUGUACCAGAGGUUGAGGAGUUGAGGGCAGGCCUUGCAGCCACUCUCUCCCGUUAUUCCGCUCUCCAGGUCCGUGCCCUCAGUUGUCACAUGGGUUUUCAUUCACUCUAUGCACUCCCCUCCCUGCUGGUCAUUGUUUUCAAUCAACAUGGAUUCGAGUCAGGAGCCUGA